AUGACAAACACCUCCUACAUUCCUGGCCGUCUGGACGACAAGGUCGCUCUCGUUACAGGGUCGGGCCGUGGCAUUGGAGCUGCAAUUGCCAUCCAUCUGGGUCGCCUCGGCGCCAAAGUUGUCGUCAACUACGCCAACUCCGCUGAACACGCCGAAAAUGUUGUCGCUGAAAUCAAGAACCAUGGCUCAGACGCCAUCGCCCUCAAGGCCGACGUGCGGGAUGUAUCGCAGACAAUCAAACUAUUUGACGCCGCGAUUGCACACUUCGGGCGUCUUGACAUCGCCGUGAGCAACUCGGGAGUCGUCAGUUUCGGACACUUGAAGGAAGUAACGGAAGAAGAAUUCGACCGCGUCUUCAGUCUCAACACGCGCGGGCAGUUCUUCGUGGCUCGCGAGGCAUACCGUGUGCUCGAGGAGGGUGGGCGUAUCAUCCUGACCUCCUCCAACACGUCCAAGGACUUUAGCGUUCCACGGCACUCGCUCUACUCGGCUUCGAAAGGCGCUAUCGACUCCUUUGUUCGCAUCCUGUCCAAGGACUGCGGCGACAAGAAGAUUACCGUCAACGGGGUCGCGCCUGGGGGCACUGUGACGGACAUGUUCCACGCCGUCUCGCACCACUAUAUCCCCGGGGGAGAGAAGUUCACGGCUGAGGAGCGUCAGAAUAUGGCGGCCCACGCAUCUCCAUUGCACCGCAAUGGAUUCCCCGAGGAUAUCGCCAAUGUCGUGGGAUUUCUGGCCAGCAAGGAAGGAGAGUGGGUGAAUGGCAAGGUCAUCACUCUGGAUGGCGGUGCAGCUUAA